UUAAGCAAAAUAUGUGUAUUUAUUUAAGGUCUGUAGGUAAAUCGCUGCUUCAUUUGCCAACAUUUAAACAUGCUGAAUCCACAAAGUUUCUGGGGAUGCAGCGACAGGAAGCUGAUAGUUGGAUUAAGCGCGUGUGAUAUUCAAAUGAUUGUACUUCUACGUGGAACUCAAAGACGGGAGAUGUUCAGCUUGAUGUCGGAGCCUCAUCGGACAGCAUCGGGGGUUUCUCACUGACCAAGUCACGCGGCACAAGAAACGGCAAAAACCCAUCAGGACAGAGGUCUGACGAUGAAGAGUUCAGGACCCUUCCUCCUCCUCUUCCUCCUCUGCAGUACUGGGUCUGGACAGUGAUCAGUGGUGGUGAGAAACUACUGGUACCAGCCAUUCCCUUUAACCUGGCAGGACGCGCAAAGCUACUGCAGGAGCUUAGCUUCCAACGGUGAUUUGGCCACCAUCUUUAGUCAGUCUGAUGAAGACGAUCUAAAUUUAAAUAGAUAUUAUGCAUGGAUCGGCAUGAGAAAACCUAAGUACGACUACCACUGGAUUUGGAUCAGCCAUGGAUACAACAGCUAUCUGGUGAAUUCAGGCCUCAGCAAUCUGACCGGGUUGAACCAGCUAGGCAACGCAUACUGUGCUGUCGCUGAACACCCCAACGGGUUGCAUGGCACCGAUUGUGACGAAGCUCACUUCUUCUUUUGUCACCACCAACUCGACGGCCCCGGCAACAACGUCCAUUACACUUACACAUUUAUACCAGAGGCGAAGUCGUGGCCUGAAGCUCGACAGUACUGCAAGACUGAUUCAAACCGUGAUCUGGCAACUUUCCAAUCCUACUCUGACCUACGAGACACUCUCGAUCCUCAGGACUAUCCAGUCUGGAUUGGACUGUACAGAGACGAGGGAACGUGGAAGUGGAGCUCAGGGGUGUCUGAGUACAGGAAUUGGGUGGGUAACCCAGGGAGCGACGACUGUGGGUCCAUCUCCUCGGAGACCAAACAGAUGUCUACCCAAAACUGCGCUGCUCGAUUCCCCUCCCUCUGCCACACGGACAAUCUGGUCCUGGUGAAGGAGAACGAGACGUGGGAGGGGGCGCUGGAGCACUGCCGACGCCUCAAUUCAACCUCCCGACCCAACCUCCGCUACGAGCUGGUCAGCGUGCAGCCUGGAGGAGACCACGACUACGUGAUGAACAGGGUCAUGGAGGCCGAUACUGAGGAGGUGUGGGCAGGCCUCCGUUUCCUGGCCGGUGAAUGGCUGUGGGUGAACGGGGCGAGUGUGUUGUACCCGGACCUGCCCCUCUGCCCCCUCGAGGUGCAGCACUGUGGGGCCUUGUCCAAGAACAAUACCGGCAGCGUGGAGACCAGAGACUGCUCUGAGAGAAGGAACUUUCUGUGUUACAGCACAUACUGACAUCCCCCUGUCAUCUAUAUCAGGGGGCUCACUAAUAGAAGUCGAUCUUCAUAAAUUGGCACACAGCUUCUCCAGGCGGUACACAUACAACCGUGUAGGCUUUCAACACACGUUGAGGGAAUAUGUAUUCUACUAUGGAAUAUCUUUGCAAAAGUUUGAUCAAACUUUAUAAUAAAACUUUCUGACCGUAAAA